AUGUUCAUCCGGGCGUUCUCGGCAUUGCUCUUUCUAACUCUCAUCAUCCUAUUGAUACCCCUCACCUUCGACAUCGGUGGGCGCGACGCUGGCCUCGCAUUCUCUCUGUCGAUCGCUUCCUUCUACUUCAUCGUCUCCCUCCUACGGAUUUCUACUCCUGAUGGAUCAAGAUUUAGGUCGACAAUCAUAAAUAUCUUGCGGGGUCUACAAUGGCUCGUCCUGCCCGGGCUGUGUAUCUGGGCGCUGGGAAGGUUCUCGGUGGAUGCAAACAACAGUGGAGGCUGGGUUGAAAGAACUUUCCAGCCGAAGACCGGCUUUGUCAAGUCGCAUCCAAGUUUCCGUGAUUCCAUCUUCGGACCGGAAGGCCUGCUCGAAAAUGCCGCCAUCGGAGGCUGGGAUCUGCUGCUGCGCUGGUCGUCACCGGUCUUCCAACUGCUCGAAGGUUUCUGCAGCUUGCUGGUCAUUCAAGCAGUCGGACAACUCUCGAGAUGGCUGGUCAACAGGAGCGAGUGGAGUGAUGCCUGGUUACUGACGCUCUUGGUGACCGCAGCUGGCGUCGUAUCGAGCUCGGUCUACUUCCUAUGGCGAGUUCUACAGUUCCCCGAUAUCUCAAACCUUGAUUCCACCCUCAUCGGUAUUGCCAUUGCCUCUGCCAUAUUUCUUUGUGCAUAUGGCGUUGUCUCGGGGCGUGGCACGGCAGUCGAAUCAUCUCUCCUUUUCGCCUACAUUGUGUUGUGCAUCUACCAAAUCUUUACCGACUACAAGCCCAACCCCAGCGGUUCUGAGGCCAGUGCCGCAACUUCAGCUCCCGAUUUUCCGCCCUUUCCGCCAAUUAUCAUGUCUUCCUACACCGCAAUCAUGCACGCCCUGUCCUCACUCCCCGGAGUGCUUGUCAACGCCUUGGAUUUCACAGCGGCUGCUUUCAAGGCUGUCACACCAUCAGUACUUAUCUCACUCGGGUAUCGACUGUUCGUCUUCUACGCCUCAACUCGCAUCAUCCCGGCCGUCAACGAAAGCGGAGCGCGAAUCCUGAGCAUGGAACCAUCCCUCGACGAUACCAACGCUGGAAACCAAUUCCUUGCCUUUCUGUCAUGGUUCUCACCAAGCAUUCUUAUUGCGGUCUACACCAGUCUUCUUAUGCAACAUUUCGCAACCACAAUGGGCGGUUAUGCUCCAGGCCUUACUGAGACUAUCGAGGCUUGGUGGAGCGGCAAUGGCCAACCUGGGAUGAAUGGAAACCUGUGGAAAUGGGUUAACCUGAUUGGGACGAUGGGAUUGUAUGCGGUCGAAUUAUGGCUUGGCCAAGAAGAUGAUAUUGAUGGCGGGCACUGGAAGGUCGAUUGA